UCCGCCAUGUGGAUGUGGAAAGGGGGACCCAUCCGUCAUCGGGACCCUCAGAUCCAUCAUCUACAUAUCCCGUCCCGUCCCGCUAGGUCAAGGUAGGGAUAGACCGAAUUGGCAGAGUCAUCCAUCUCAAACCGCGAUAUCGUAUCAUUUGAUCAACAUCACACUCCUCAACACGAAAUCCACACAUUCACAAUGGCGCCUAAAGCAAUCAUUGCACCCUCCAUUCUGUCGGCCGACUUUGCCAACCUCGGCCAUGACUGCUCUAAGACAAUCAGCCAGGGCGCCGACUGGCUCCAUGUCGAUAUCAUGGAUGGCCACUUCGUCCCCAACCUAACGUGGGGCCCUCCCAUCGUCGCCAAGAUUCGCGGCCACGUUGAGAAGCCAACCGAGGCCUACGGCAAGGGCACCUUCGACUGCCACAUGAUGAUUGCCGAGCCCAAGAAAUGGGUCAAGGAGUUUAAGAAGGCAGGUUGCGAUCUGUACUGCUUCCACUAUGAGGCCGCCUUCUCGACGGCCGCCGAGUCGCCCGAGGCCAAGUCGGACAAGAAGACCAACCCCAAGGAGCUGAUCAAGUACAUCCACGACCAGGGCAUGCUUGCGGGUAUUGCCCUUAAGCCCGCAACUUCUGUUGAUGUCCUCUGGGAGAUCUUGGAGUCCGAGGACCCCAAGGAGAGACCGGAUAUGGUCCUCAUCAUGACAGUGGAGCCUGGCUUCGGUGGACAGAAGUUCAUGGCUUCCGAACUGCCCAAGGUUCAAGAGCUCAGGAAGCGGUAUCCCGAGCUGAACAUUGAAGUCGACGGCGGCCUUGGACCCAGCACCAUCGACCAGGCGGCGGACGCAGGUGCGAACGUCAUCGUAGCCGGAAGCGCCGUCUUCGGGGCCCAGGAUCCUUCUGAGGUCAUUGCGCUACUUCGUGAGGCUGUCGAGAAGAGGAACGGCAAGCUAUAAGAGAGAUAGUAGUAACCUGAGGAAAUAUGGAAGGGGAGCGAGUGGGGGAACGUACUCGCCGGGUCUAAAAGCGCCUUCUUUCUCCAUGGCUUGCAUCUGACGAGUAGACGCUGCUCCUUCACCUUGCAGUUCAGUGUAUUAAUAUCACUGGCCCUUCCCCCACAAUCCGCGAUCUUCUCUACCUUAUGUGGCUCGACUGUGGAUGCUCAGGAAUGUAGAUUAGGUUGCAUAUGCUCAUCAUUGGAAUAUUUGGCCAAUUCAAAGAAUUUCAUGUACU